UCGCCAGAGUUUUCGUUAUCUGAAUACUGAUCGAAAAAGUCGCGAUUCGAAUGGUUCAGGUGAAUGAGUUUCGUCAAUUUACUCUUACAGAACAUGUUAGAUUGUGAACUGGAAGACUUUAAAACUGAAGCUGCAAAUCAUGUACGGCCAAGAACGUGUUCCAUGCGCACAUUGUAACUACUUUGCAAGAAACGACUCCUCUGAUCGAGAGUAGAGAACAGCCAGCAGAAGUAUGCUACUCAGUAUUGAGGCAGGCGCCCGCGGCAGUGGAGUUCCGUCGCUGCAGAGCGUGGUGGGCGACAAGGCGAACACGCCGGCUGCUCCACCUGGGCACGUCGCUCGCCCACACCUGUUGCAACUAUCGAUGGAUCGCAACAACAACCAUUCAUCAUCUACCAGAAGUCUUGAUGGUGAAUCUAUUGCCGAUAGUGAAUCCAUCCCGCCACUGGAGACACGGGAUUCAGAAAGCGUCUCUACAACACGGACAGAAUCGUGCGAAGCGGAAGAACGGAGGUACGGACUGAGGCCCCGGAAGCCGCAGCGAUCCUCCGCGUCUUGCGGGGACUCCGGGCCUGCGGGCGAGAAGCCCCGGCGCCGCCCCGCGCCGCCCAGCCGGUACCGGCGGCGGGCGGCGAACGCGAGGGAGCGGUCGCGCACCCGCGGCCUGGGGGCGGCGUUCGAGGCGCUGCGGCGCGCGCUGCCGCCCCCCGCGCCGCCCUCGGCGGCACCGCCCACCAAGGUGGCCGUGCUGCGGCGCGCCCUCCGCUACAUCGCCGCCCUCUCCGCCGCGCUGCACGCCGCCCCCGGCCCGCCUCCACCGCCGCCGCCGCCGCCGCCGCCGCCCACGCCGCUGCAGGCGUCGGGCUGUCAGCAAGGCGCGUCACCUCCCACGUGUCUGCGGCCGACGGCGCACGCGUCGGACUGCAACCAGCCGCCUUUGUCACUGCCGUCGUUCCUGCACGGAUUCUGA